AUGUCAAAGCGAGGUACCAUCGCAGUAGAAGAAGCAAUUAUCACGCCAUCGACAAAAUGGCUCCUCGAAGAAACUUUUUCAAUUCUCAACCCUGGCGACAGCAGUAACAAAGCGCUCGAGGCCCACGCUGCUAAGCUGCUCGACAUUCAUGACAAGCGCCUCGCAACCAUGGAUGCCGAAGGCGUUGAGUACAUGCUCUUGUCAUUGACUGCACCAGGAUGCCAAGGCAUAACGAAUCCUCAACUCGCAGGAAAAACAGCCAAAGAAGCCAAUGACUGGCUGGCAUGCGAGGUCGCGAAACGACCAGACAGAUUCGGUGGCCUUGCAGCUCUGUCGAUGCAUGAUCCUGAAGAAGCAGCGCAGGAGCUUGAACGCGCAGUCAAACAAUUGGGCUUUUUUGGGGCACUUGUCAAUGACUAUCAGAGCGUCGAGGGAGGGUCAGGACGAGAAUACUUUGACACUGCCAAGUAUGAUCCGUUUUGGAAAAAGGUUGAAGAAUUGGAUGUACCAAUUUACUUGCAUCCGAGAUAUGUGUCGAUCAAAGACCUUCAGCCUGGGUCACUGUACGGAGAUCGGCCUCAUCUUCAAGGUGCGGCCGUGCAGUUCCAUUUGGAUCUUUCAUACCAUAUCUACGCACUUUGCUCAUCUGAUUUCCCGGCGCCAAGAUCGUCGCUGGACACUUGGGAGAGAAGUAUGACCCUGUUCACUAGCGGUAACCGUUUACUAACGCUGAUGGACAGCAUCCCUCUGAAUCUCUGGAGAGCCAGCCACUGGUAUAACAAGCCAAGCAAAAAGGCCACGCGCCCGUCAAAGGAAGACUACGAUUACUACUUCAAGCAUAAUGUCUACAUCACGACUUCAGGAAACUUCUUCACUCCUGGCCUGAAGCUCUGCAUUGAGACAAUUGGGCUCGACAGAUGCAUGUACUCUAUAGAUACACCGUACGACGACAUUGAGGAAGCGCAGGCGUGGUGGAGGACUGUGGAUUUGGAUCAUGACGCGAAAGAGCAAGUUGGAAGGACUAACGCUAUAAAGCUGUUCAAACUUCCAUUGGAGUACUGA